AUGGGAUUUGCAACACUUGAGCCAGCUUUCACCGUAAGACUCCAACCAGACGUUGGGCUCAACGUUGGGAAACUCUCACAAGGAGACACUCUGACCGUUUUUCCAAUUCCAUCGGGUACCAUCAAGAGCGAGCCUGGCUUUCCCAUCGAUCUAGAUGCAGAGGUUGUUCACGGAGCCGAUUAUGCUCGCAUGGAGGCGGGUCAGACCCAUCUCCAGAUCAACGUCAAUGCUGUUGCAAAAAACAAAGACGGGUCGCUCUUCGCAUACUCUUACAAAGGAAUGCUUGAGAUCACUCAAGAGCUCAUGCCUAUCCUGACGGGAAGCCCGGAUGCGAAGACAACCAGCUACGGUAACGCCGUCAGCCAUGUCAGGUUCGAGACCGGCGCAGAGAGUCUCAAACCCCUGGAGCACAGUAUAUUUGUUGGAACGGCGCACUUUGUGGUGCUUGGGCCCGGCAAAUUCAUUGUCGAGACAAAGGUUAGUAAGGUUGUAGGUUAG